UCGAUGUCAUGUUGAGUCUUCCACAGUACAAAAACGAAUCCAACGCUCAAAAUUUGACUUCCGAUACUUAUCACAAACACAAUUGGAAGAAACUUCUAACUCUCUCUCUGCUUAUCAUGUUUUCUGUCGCUUUCACUGUUCGUAAAGGCCUCACAGGUCGAAUUGGAUUCAAAUUCCCACCUUUUGGAUGUGGCCAUCACACCCAGCAAGGCUUAGGCGGCCUUCCAAUGCACUAUAAUCUUUCCUCCGGCUCGCAAAUUCCUUCAGUUGCUCUCGGCGUAUGGCGAGCUCCCAAAGACAAAACCGCCGCGGCUGUAAAGACAGCUUUGAAAUCGGGAUACAGACAUAUUGACGGCGCGUGGAUUUAUCGCAAUGAAGAAGAAGUGGGUCAAGCGCUGAAAGAGAGCGGUGUUAAAAGAGAAGAUGUGUGGCUAACGAGCAAACUAUGGAAUACAUUCCAUGCGCCUGAAGAUGUCGAGCCCGCACUAGAUGAUUCCCUCCAGAAACUGGGCACAGAUUACUUGGACCUUUACAUUAUUCACUGGCCUCUUGCAGUUCCCAAGGAUGGCAAACCAGCUGACUAUGAUAAGGAGCUUACCGCAAACCCCUAUCCAACAUGGCAAAAGCUCGAAGAGAUGGUCGAGAAGGGAAAAGUGAGGAAUAUCGGAGUCAGCAACUUCAAUAUCCGUCGUCUCCAGAAUCUCACUGCAAACCCGCUCAAAAUUCAACCAGCUGUAAAUCAAGUCGAAAUCAACUUCUGGUUUCCGCAAGUUGAAUUGUUAGAGUUCUCGAGGCAAACAGGUAUUCUAUUGGAGGCAUACUCCCCUCUGGGAAGCGCGGAACGCGUCAAAGAUUCGCUCAAUGUUCCAGAGAUCAAAGAAGUCGCUCGAAUGCUUGAAAUGACUCCAGCUCAAGUCAUUAUAUCAUGGCACAUUCAAAGAGGCACUAUUGUUUUACCCAAAAGUGAAACACCUUCCCGAGUCACCGAAAAUAUUCACCUUAAAAAGCUCCCUGAGGCGGCAUUCGAGAAGAUCGAGAAGGCUGUAAGAUCUCAUAAACCUGAACGAGGUUCAAACCCGAGUAAGAAUUGGGGAUUAGACUUUGAUAUUUUUGAGUAAGGCUUUUAGUGAGGAGGGAAAGAAUAUAAUUCAGGUGUAGUUGUUCUAGUGUGUGUAUAUGUAGUGUGAAUGUAAAUAACAAGCUUUUGAAGGAAUUGGGAAUGGGAAUUUUCCUGUACGGAGUCAUUGAGGAACAACCAACAUACUUCGUCCAUCGCGCAGUGACUGCCGGUCUCGGUAGUGUCCUCAUGGUUUAAGGUGGAGUAGGGUGAAACUAAACAACCAUCUGCCCUGAUGUGUAGAUUCUAGACCAUCUUCCUCGUCUAAUUAUUCAUCAUGUGAAGAGAGCAAGAAUAUAUAAGUUCGGAAUAAGUAUGAAUCAGUGGAUGCCUUGUACAAAAUCUCUGUCUCGAGGUCAAAGCAAAUGAGCCAAAGGUAACAGAAACCCAAUUGUUGUUUACCUAGAUUCAGAAUUUCCGAGUUC